AAGAGUGUCUAUAUUAAUAUACUCGUUAUAUCUCCAUCGCUGAUAAAAAUAGAAGAAAGAUCAUUGUGCGAGAGUAUACUUAUUUAGGCUUCAUAUAAUUUUUUAGCAAAUAUGGUGCUGUCGUGUCGAUUUUAUAAAGAAAAAUAUCCAGAAGUGGAAGAUGUGGUAAUGGUAAAUGUGCGCAGUAUAGCUGAGAUGGGUGCAUAUGUACACUUAUUGGAAUACAACAACAUUGAGGGCAUGAUCCUGCUCUCUGAACUGUCCAGAAGACGUAUUAGGUCUAUUAAUAAACUCAUUCGAGUAGGCAAAACUGAACCAGUUGUCGUUAUUCGAGUAGAUAAAGAAAAAGGUAAUUACAAUUUAUCAAAUUCUAUCGAUUUAUCUUAUCGAUUCAAUGUUUACGAUAUAUAUAAUUUUUGGAAAAGGUUAUAUUGAUCUGAGCAGUGUACAGAGAGAUAUGCUAAAGCUAAAGCUGUUAAUUCAAUUUUAAGACAUGUAGCAGAAUUGUUGCAUUAUGAUAAUGAUGAUCAAUUAGAAGAAUUAUAUCAGAAGACAGCCUGGCAUUUUGAAGAAAAAUAUAAGAAACAGAAAGCAUCUGCUUAUGAUUUCUUCAAGCAAUCAGUAUUGGAUCCUUCCAUUUUAGCGGAAUGUGGCCUCGAUGAACACACGAAAGAAGUAUUGUUAAAUAAUAUCAAACGGAAACUCACCUCGCAAGCUGUCAAAAUUAGGGCGGAUGUGGAAGUAGCAUGUUACGGCUACGAAGGUAUUGAUGCCGUAAAGACUGCAUUGAAGGCUGGCUUAGCUCUCUCCACUGACGAAUUACCUAUAAAAAUCAAUUUAAUUGCUCCUCCCCUGUAUGUUAUGACGACAUCUACACCAGAAAAACAGGAUGGAUUAAAGGCAUUAGGAGACGCAAUCGAAGUUAUUGAGAGUAAAAUAACGUCGCUCGGGGGUGUAUUUAAUGUCCAAAUGGCACCAAAGGUUGUUACCGCGACGGACGAGGCCGAAUUAGCGCGACAGAUGGAACGAGCAGAACUUGAAAAUGCAGAAGUCGCUGGCGACGAUGACGAGGAGGAAGUGGAGGGAAUGGAGGGCGAUUUCAGCGGCGGCGAAGGAGCCGAACAGAACAGCAAAAUUGAAUAUAACAAUAAAGGCGCAGAGCAUAAUGAUAAAGAGGAAGACAUUUCCGAGGAUGAAAAUUGAAUAUAUAUACAUAUAUAUUCGAAUAAUAAAGUACACAUUUGAUAAACUGGACAGAUAUUCGCAUGUGUUUUUUUUUUUUUUUUUUUUUUAUUACAGCUAGUCUCUAAUAAAGUGUUCUACUGCUUGGUUAAACGUAUUAGCGUGGUUCUUCAAUAAAUAUGGAAAUAAAAAAUGUAAAGAUUAAUCCACUGUAAUUUAUGCAAAAAUGAAGUUUUCUACUGACUUGAUAUAUAAUAAAUGAUCUGAAGAC